GUGCUGUGGCAGGGUCUGUGGCAGUGUGCUAGCUAUCCCAGUAUAAUUUACUGUACUCAGCCUAUCAGCAUGUUAGUCCAUCACAUCAUGUGGGUGUGGUUUAAGGAUAUGAGUGGGUAUAGACCGUUCUUCGAGUGAAGGAGCGUGGCUUGCAACUUACGAUACACAACUGAUAUUACAUACUCAUACUGUCAGCUUGUAUUAAAUGACACUCCAAUAACCUGGACGGUAGCGCUAAUGACUACCACAAAAAAGUACAGGCCAGCAUCAUAUUACAUAUUAAUUUUCUAUCAAAAUAAUUUAUGUAGCUGUAACUGAGUACAGUGUAUGUUUGAGUACAGUGUAUGUUUUCAUUGUAAAGAUGGGCAGGUUGGUCAAGCUAUUGUGGACAAGUAAGGGUCCUGCUUGCAUUCUUUUCUACAUGCAGGUACAUUCUACAUGCAGGUACAUGCAGGUUUCUCACCAAUUCCCAAAUUCCCAAUGGGAAAGGCUUGGACAAAGGGCGUGGUCGACCACCUAUACCAGUGGAACUCAUAAAGUUCACAUGGAAAGAAAUUAGUGGUGCACUUCUCUGGCGCCGAUUAAAGCAGAAUGGAGAUUAAGAGUUACUCUGAUAUAAGUGACCAAGAAUUAGAAGAUAUUUGGUUUGACAGUACUGGGUUGCCAAUAAUGAUAAUGAGUGGAUCUUUAGGAAUACAUGUUCAACGAAGAAGGAUAACAGCGAAGAAGGAUAACAGAAAUGUUACAGCAUAUUGACCCAUGCAAUGACCAAGCCCAUGCAAUGACCAAGACCUGUUCGUACUAGUCGGUUUUCCAUUGCAUGGCUUCGCACUGGCUUGGAAUUUGCACCCUAUUGGAGUACAAAGAAGAUGUGAUGUUUUUGGAUGUAGUGAAUCAAGCGUGGUCGAUGAUGCCUUUGGAGUUGUUUGGAGUCAGCUCGGAAUUAGCCUCGAGACCAGGCCUCUUGAGAAGAGGGCCUGGUACCUAUUGCAUGGGUGAUAGUGCACAUGCGCAAACUGAGUCUCCCAGAAUAUGGGGAUUCGUUUACCUUAGUAAACUAUCGUAAACUUAUACCGUAAACUAGUUUUUACUGGGAAAUCUAUUCCGUGAUAUUGUACUAGAUCUCUAGCUCUAUGCAAUGGCGUCAACCGAGUUUUGUCAAGCUGUGGCUUAUGCCCUAAAUUGUGUUGGUCAAGAAGGCCUCACACUGAAGUCGAAGCAAGAAGAGGCUCUCAUCCACCUCUACGAUGGUCGGGAUGUGUUUGCUUGGUUCCCUACAGGCUAUGGCAAGUCUCUCUGUUUCCAACUUCUGCCCUUCAUGUUUGACUUCAAACUAAAGCGGACAGGCUGUCAAGAGUUGAGAGAAGUGUUGUGCUGGUGCUGUCACCACUAGUUUCUUUGAUGGUAGACCAGGUGUCAGGCCUGCAGAAGAGGGGUGUCUCUGCUGCUAUACUCUCUGGCAACAAAGAUGUCGAGAAGGAUCUCUUGGCUAGUGAGAGUGACGUUUCCUCGGGUCGGUUCUCUCUCCUCUAUAGUGCUCCCGAGGCCAUCCUAGACAAAGAAGCAUGGAAGCAGCUCUUAGUCCAACGUCCUCUUUGUAACACUGUAGUAGCAGUCGCUGUUGACGAAGCACACUGUGUGUACAAGUGGAGUAAAGACUUUCGUCCUGCCUUUGAUCGUAUCCGUGACCUGCGAGCAUUUGUGCCUCCCGAUACACCAUUUCUGGCUGCGACUGCCACUGUGACCAAGAGGAUGAGGGACAAUAUUGUUCAGAAGCUUGGCAUGGCAGGCUGCUAUAUGGUAUCUGAGUCUCCCAACAAGCCCAACAUCUGUUAUGAGGUUGUACGUAAGACAUCUAUCGAGGAGGACUUUGCAUUCGUUGUGGCAGACUUGUGA